UUCAUUUACUCAUACUCCGAGUUCUUGAAAUAAAAGCUAUAACAGAAGCUCUACAAUCGAGGAAGCUUCAAAAGGAGUGCGCUACCCUUAGGACUUCUGGACCGGCCGCCAUUAUUUAUUUGAAUAUUACUUCCAUGGGGCGAUCACUGGAGCUGUUGUCCGUGCUGCUUGUGGUGAUGCUGGCCGUGUGGCCGCCGCCGGCAGCGGAAGCUCUGCCCCGGUGGCCGACUUUCUGCAGGGGAGAAGCCCGGUGGUUGUGCUUACGGCCGCCGCGUAUAGGGAUGCCUCCGCCGCCGAGCGCGAAGCAAUGCAUGGCCCCGAUCCGCCCCGUCAAGGGCUGCGUGCACUCGCUCUUCCGGUCCGACACUUCAGGCAAGCUGCAGGUGGAGGGGGACUGCUGCGGGGCGGUGAGGAGCAUGGAGGGGCAGUGCUUCGACGCCGUCUUCACCAGUUUUUACUUCAGCAGCGAUUUCGCGCCGAAGCUGAAGGAGCACUGCACGCCGCCGGCGACUGAUUGAAGACUUGCUGCUCCUCUCGUUUAGUUUCUCGUGGUG